AUGCCAGUGGACAUGCAGCCACACCAGGGGCUGUAUCACUAUGAGACCUCACCCAGCCAGCCCUCCAGAGGCCUAGUCCCAUCAGACCAGUCUCCCUACAGUGAUGUGUCUUCGCUCCGUGCCCCACUCCUCAACUGCCCUCCCCAGGACUGCCGAGCUAUGUAUAAUCCCAUGACUCCCAGUAUGACUCAUGGAUCAGGGCCAGGACAGGGGAUUGGCCACUGCAUGGAUCAAUACAUGAGGCCCCCUCAGGCCCCACCGCCCCACAGUAUGAUGGGCCACCGGGGCAUGCCGCCCACAGAGAGUGAGUCAGACACCCCCUACUGUAACCAGAACAACAUGAUGUCCUCUCAUCAUAACUUCUGCCAGGUUCAGCCUGGCUCUGAUCAGAUUGGGUCUGGUGAUGGCUCAAGGUUCUCCACACCUCGUUCCAUGCUGAAGCUGAGUAAAAAGAGAGCUCUGUCCAUCUCUCCUCUGUCUGAUGCCAGUGUGGACCUGCAGACAGUAAUCCGGACAUCACCCAACUCUUUAGUGGCCUUUGUCAACUCUCGCUGCAACCCCAAUGGAGCCAGCUCCUAUGGGCACCUCUCUGUGAGCGCCAUGAGUCCGUCCCUGGGUUAUUCCAGCAAUAUAAACUGCCAGUCCAGGCAACAAGGUUCCAUGUACAGUGGAGGCGGGGGGACACCUCUAGGUGGACACACACCAGGUCCCUGCCAAGCUUCCCGCUUACCUCCGCACAAUCCUCGACUCCACGUUCCACCCAAGCAUGGACAUCUGAAAACGGAGCCAGGGCUGGGAGGUGUGAUGGAUGGCAUGAAUGUGAAGAGCCUGGAGGAGAGGUCAGAGGGGGACGUGGCUAGUCCUUCUUCCACUGGCACUCAGGACCCUCUCCUGAGUCUACUGGACGGCAGAGAUGACUUGGACAAAGAGGAUGGGAAACCUGAGCCAGAGGCCGUCUAUGAAACUAACUGUCGCUGGGAAAGCUGCAACAAGGAAUUUGACACACAAGACCAGCUAGUUCACCACAUCAACAAUGAGCACAUCCACGGAGAGAAGAAGGAGUUUGUGUGCCACUGGCAGGAGUGCUCUCGAGAACAGAGGCCUUUCAAAGCCCAGUACAUGCUGGUGGUUCAUAUGCGCAGACACACAGGAGAGAAGCCACACAAGUGCACUUUUGAAGGCUGUAACAAGGCUUACUCUCGCCUGGAAAAUUUGAAGACCCACCUGCGCUCUCACACUGGGGAGAAACCAUACGUGUGUGAACAUGAAGGCUGCAACAAGGCCUUCUCCAAUGCUUCAGACCGGGCCAAGCACCAGAACCGGACUCACUCCAAUGAGAAACCUUAUGUAUGUAAGAUCCCAGGCUGCACUAAGCGGUAUACAGAUCCGAGCUCUCUGCGAAAACACGUGAAGACGGUGCACGGCCCUGAAGCCCACAUCACCAAGAAGCAUCGGGGAGACACAGGCCCUCGACCGCCUGGCUCAGCUAUGACCCCUGGAGGGCAGAACUCUGAACUGCUGCUGGAGAAAGAGGAGACACGCCGGGAGGACUGCAAACUGCUGGCUCCUGAGACUGCUCUGAAAUCCCAGCCAAGUCCUGGUGGUCAGUCAUCCUGCAGUAGCGAACGUUCUCCACUGGGUAGCGCCAACAACAACGACAGUGGGGUGGAGAUGAACCUAAAUGCAGCAGGCAGCUUGGAGGAUCUCACAGCACUGGAGGAUGGAGUAGCAGGUGGAGGAGGAGGGGAACCAGGAAGUGUAGGAGGAGCAAUGGGAAUGUCGGCACAGGCUUUGAAAAGGCUGGAGAACCUGAAGAUUGACAAGCUGAAGCAAAUCCGCAGGCCUACUCCUCCUGGCCGCUGUGCCAGCAACAAGUUACCAACGCUUCCUGGUACAGGGGAGAAUAUGGGAAUGUGUGCACCUUCUCCGCUCCUCUCAAAUCGACGUGUUAUGGAGCUGUCUAACCAUGAGUUAGGAGGUGGAACUUCGAUUGGCUGCUCUACUAAUGACAGGAGAGGAAGCGGCACCAGCAGCCUAAGCUCUGCGUAUACAGUCAGCCGUCGCUCCUCCAUGGUGUCUCCUUACCUGUCCAGUCGGCGCUCCAGUGAGGUCUCACAAAUGGGAGGAACGGCAGGGGGAGGAUGUCACGUCCUCGGCCCAGAGCAGAGUGGGGGAGACCCCCUCUCUCCUGAGACCAAUCGCAGAGGAGCUCCAUGUCCUGGAGGAGGGGGAUUGCCAGGUCUUCCUAAUUUAACACCCGCCCAGCAAUACAGUCUAAAGGCCAAAUACGCUGCAGCAACUGGUGGACCGCCACCUACUCCUUUACCCAAUAUGGAGCAGCCAGGAACUCCGAGCAGAAGAGGUGUUUUGAGUGAGUACCAGGGGCAGCCUCUGCCUCCUUUCCUUCAACAAGCUGGCCCACGUAGGCACAGUGCCAACACUGAGUACGGCACUGGUGUUAUCUACCCUCACCAGGCUCCAGGCAACAACAUCAGGCGAGCCAGUGACCCGGUGCGGUCAGCAGCGGAAACACAAGCUCUCCCGAAGCGCUUCAAUAGCCUUAAUAAUGUAGCCAUGAUGAGCCGAAGGAAUGCACUGCAACACCGUGGCUCUGACACCAGUCUUGCCCGCCACAUGUACUCCCCUCGGCCGCCCAGCAUCACAGAGAACGUAAUGCUGGAGGCUAUGAGUAUGGAGCCCCACCUUGCCCCUGUUGAUGCUAGGGAUCGUUCCAUGAUGAUGCCCCCUGGAGAAAGAAGCUUUAUGGGAUAUCAGCAACAGCAUCAAACUCUUGGCGGUGGAGGUCCUCUUUCAAACCAGCUGUCCCCAAGCCAUGACUCUAUGGGCUGUCCAGAACAGGGUUACAUGCAGGGGCACUUCCAGAACCAGGGAGGGGAAGUUAUUUCCAGAGCUGGUGGAAAUCCAAUGGGCCAAGCCAGGCCUAUUCACCCAGAGGGCAUGUCCAAUACACUUCUCCAGCAGGCUGAGUACAGUAUGAGCACCUGCCAGCUCAGUCCCUCAGGUCCCCAUUAUCCCAGUAUAAGCCAGGGUGGUGACGCUGGAGGCCCUUGGAGUGACGCCCACAGCCAAGUCCAAACCUCCAGCCAUGCUCUCCAGAACCAGCGAGGAAUGCAGUAUUCAGAUCCCACCCUGCAGCCUCAACAGUCACAGGCCCACUUCAACAAUCAGACUGGCCUCUAUAACGGUCCUGAUGGAACCCACAAACUCACCAUCAAGCCUGAGCAGCAGUUCCACCCUGGGAUGGGAGGCAGAGACGCCUGUCAAAGUGCUAAGCUCCAACAGCAGCGGAUGCUCCUUCAGCAGACUCAGGGUUACCCGCAACAGACAGGCCAGGUUAUGAUGAGGAACUCUAACAAUCCCAGUUGUGAUUUUCAAGGGCAGAACCAAAAGUCUUACCCCAGUGGAGGUGGCUUGAGUUUAGGUUGCGCCGGGUCUGCUCUUUCAGAUGGGCAAAGGUCAGAGACCCCCAUGAUGCAGGUGAAGGAAAUGAUGGUCAGGAACUAUGUACAGUCCCAGCAAGCACUCAUGUGGGAGCAGCAACAAGAACAGCAGCAGCAACAACAGCAGCAGGGUGGAAUAAAACCUACUUCUCUUCCUGACAAUAUGGAUAUGAGCGGCCAGACAGCAAUGAUGCAGCACAGUCCACAGCACCAAAACCAGAAUCUUUAUUCCAACCAACCCUAUCCUUCCUACCCCAACCAGAACCUGGUCAUGAGCCCUCCGGACCACAGCCGAGGGCCCAGCUCGGUGACACCUAAAGACCAGCAGCUGACAGGUCUCCCAGGCUCAUGCUAUGGCCAAGAGAUGGUGGUGCCCAGGCCUCCUCAGGGCCGGAAACCUCUCAGCCGUCAGAACAGCCUGUCACAGGUAGGAGGAGGCUACCUGGGCAGCCCACCCCAUCUCAGCCCUGUCCACUCUACUACCAGCCCCAGACGAGGGGUCAGACUGCCCCCAGUCCAGCAUCCACAGCACCAACAAAAUGAAAUGUUCUCUCCUUCCAAUAACAACAACAUGUACUACUCUGGUCAGAUCAACAUGGAUAUGGAGAAACACAUGGACCCCCAGAAUGGGCCUUGUAUCAAUCAGCAGCAUAGUAUGACGUCCAACCUGGAUCCAACAGGUGGCACUAAGUCUGCCCCCAUGGCUCCCUAUCCUGAGUCGGGCCCCAUAUCCAAUGCCUUAGAAAACCUGGACCUGGACAAUGCUCGCAUAGACUUCACCUCCAUCAUUGAUGAUGCCGAGUCCUCCUCAUUCAGCCCAGUCAACAAUCCCCUCCAGGGUCAGCCGGGAUCCUCCUCCCAGGCCUCAUCCCGCCUCACCACCCCUCAGACUUCUGUCAGCCUAGCUGCAGGCUCUGGCCUGUCCAACAUGGCUGUUGGUGACAUGACAUCCAUGCUUACCUCGCUGGCUGGGGAGAAUAAAUACCUGAACACAUUGUCUUAGAAGACAACUCUUAGGCAUAUAUUCAGACUAUCAAUCAAUUUUAGCCUUUGGCAAGGUCUUUAUGUAACCAGCCUGGGGUUUAAAAUGCUUAACUCCUGUUGCUUAUAGUGAUUUUCUCUUGUACAUUGCAAGAAAGGUCAGUUAGGGUAAGACAGACAAACUUUUGAAUGGAACAUUUCUGUAAUGGAUCAUUACUCUGGGCUGUUUUAUACUUCCCCAUAAGCCUUUAUACAUAAACCUGACACAUUAACCCUUGUUCGAGCCAGGACCCUCAACUGGCAAGGGGUCUGUUGCUACUGGAUACGCAUGUAACAGGAAUAACGUCAUGUUGUAAUGCGUUCUGGUUGCAAGUUGAGACGAAGGCUUACUAAUGUGGUCCCAUCACAGGUUUCAAAAUUGUAAGAAUCCUCGCCGUAAACCUUAAAACCAAAGGUGCCUGAUCAAUCUCCCUUGCUGUAUUCUUCCUUCACUGCCUUGGUACUUGGUAGUUUUCUGUGCCCGAGACACAGACUUAAAUGCCUGAUAUGAAACUGAUACUGAACUUUUUCCAAACAGGCAUUCCAGUCACAGGGCUGUGGCAACAGUAGACCAGAGAAGGAUAGGCCUACAUGUAAAUAAGUUUUAUAUACAUUUAUAUAUGUUGUGUAUAUGACAAUGAGACAUCCCCUGUCUCGUGAUCGACUGCUUGGAUUGUGAAGGCCAGUGUUCAGAUGGGAGUUAGUAAGAUGGUUGUUUUGAAAGGAUGAGAAAGAUACGCUUUUAGUCUUUGAGAAAUAAUUUCUUGGUGCUACUAAAUAUUAAUCUGUAUUGCUAGGGAUUUCUUCCUUGUCAUGAACAUCGCAAUCUGUACCAGUGGCAUAUCAGUAUUCCCACAAAUGCACACACAGACACACACAUAGUAUUCCUACACAUGUGCAAAUGCAGACACAGAUGCACACAUAGCCUACACACAGACACUCAGGACUUUGAAUUUUGAAUCUUUGCUGUUCAAAUUAUGUUGUAAUUGCCUUUCCAGACAGAGAGUUUGCACUCCACAUGUUUACUGUAAGUGUUCCUGAAGCAGCUGUGUACAUUUUUCAGUGGUGUUUAUAACUGCAAAACAGAAAGUGCCUUGCUCUUUCUAAGGUACAUACAUAAGGGGUUACAAGUAAAGCUCAAAUAUAAUAUGUGCAGCAAUCCCCUCCACAUUAAAAUAUGUCUGAUAUAUUCAUACAUACUGCAUUCGCUCAACAUUAACCAGACCUAUGACUCGUACAUGACUCAGCUGAGGAUGACGGCUAUUUUAAUUAAACCCGAAUCAGCUGCUUUGUAUUUGUAAACAGAUCAGUAAUAGUUGUCUAUAUUUGAGAAAUGGAGGUACAUUCAUAGUACAGUGCUGCUGCACUUUCUCUCUUAUCCCAAAGAGGAGUUAUUUGGAAAAAUCUGCAUUACUAAUUCAGGAUAGGGGAUCAAGAAGCAGGAAUUUUAUCACUUGCUACCACUGUAGUAAAAUACAUAUUGUAUAGGUACAUUGAGGUACAUUGAGGUACUUUUUGUGCGACUGUUGAGCUGCGUCAUGUGAAAGAAGGCUGCAGCUCUUGGCAGGAGAACUAAUUUUACACUGUGGCUUUGCACUGACUACAGCACUGUGUGGAAAGGUCUCUGUCUCUUAUGACUAUUCACAUGAACCUCAUUUUGAUAAAAGUAAAGAAUUGUCACAGUAUUUUGAAAUAGUCAUUGAAGAACACAUCUGAGCACCGCUAGACUCAAUAAGGCCACAUGAAAGUGUUGCUGAAGCAUUUUAUGUGACUUUUCAGAAUUUACUAGUAGUGUCACUUCAAAGUGUUACUAAGCAUUAGCAGGAAUGAACAUGCAUUCAUUUUGGAAAAAAGUGUACGACGUACCAAAGACACCUUAAAACGACUGAGAAAAAGAUGCACAAAUAGUCUAUUUUAACACAACACUAACACUAGCAAUAAGCAACAUUGACUGAUAGUGCUGUUCUUUAGAAUGUAUGAGAUGUUUUGUAUAAAAUUAUCUUUUUAUAUUAAUGAACUUUAUGGAUGUUGCCUUCUAUAUGUGUCUGUGUGUUUUUUUGUUUUUUAUUUUUUUUUUAUAACUGUCAUCCUUCAUUCGGACUUUUUUGCUGGCAAAAGAAUAUCACCUUUAGCAACAGAAAGCUAUAAUAGUAGCAUUAACUAUAAUAGACAAAAGCCAAGUGUUAUAUUUUGUGUACAAUUUUCUACAUUUUUAUACAAAUGUGCUAUAUUUUACCAGUUUAUGAAUAAACAUGUUCAGUUUGGG